AGCUGAGAAUCACGUGACGUGACGCGUAACCGGCAUGGCGGCGCUGAGCUGAGGUAGCAGCUCUACCGGACGAGACACCGAUAGCCUGGAUUCGGUUAGCUCCCCUUGUCGCCUGCUCAUCCGCGGGGCCGAGGCCGAACAUGUCGGCCUGAGAGGAGCCGAACGGACCGAGAGAUGCACCAACAACAGCAGCAGCUUCAGCGGCUACAGCAGCAGAAGGCUGAAAACAGCAAAACAAAGAGCAUGUUUCUGUCCAGGGCGCUGGAGAAAAUCCUCUCCGACAAGGAGGUGAAGAGGAGCCAGCACAGCCAGCUGCGCAAAGCCUGUCAGGUGGCGCUCGAUGAAAUCAAGGAGGAACUAGAGAAACAAAAGGAUGGAACCGUGGUCCCACCCAGAGCCAACUACAUCGAGGCCGACAAAUAUGUGCUGCCCUUUGAGUUGGCCUGUCAGUCCAAGUCCCCUCGGAUAGUUUCCACCUCUCUGGACUGUCUGCAGAAGCUGAUCGCCUACGGACACAUCACUGGAAACGCUCCGGACAGCAGAACUCCGGGAAAGAGGCUGAUCGACCGGCUGGUGGAAACCAUCUGCAACUGCUUCCAGGGUCCGCAGACCGACGAGGGAGUCCAGCUUCAGAUCAUCAAGGCGCUGCUGACGGCUGUGACCUCCCCUCACAUCGAGAUCCACGAGGGCACGGUGCUGCUGACCGUCAGGACCUGCUACAACAUCUACCUGGCCAGCCGCAACCUCAUCAACCAGACCACCGCCAAGGCCACGCUCACCCAGAUGCUCAACGUCAUCUUCACACGCAUGGAGAACCAGGCUGCUCUGGAGGCUCAGGAGCAGGAGAAGGACCGUCUCCGUCUGCCCCAGCAGAACCCGUCUCCGGUUCCAGGCGGCCGGCGGUCCGGUUCCCCUCGGUCCGACCGGACGCCCACACCGGAGCCCCAGAGCUCCCCGUCGCCGGCAGCCAGCACCCCGGACCUCACCAACACCACCAGCUCCACCCCUCCACCACCACCAGCCCUGGACUCAGAACAGGACCACGAACCAGAACCGCCAUCCAUCAACGGAGAACCUGAAGGAGGCGGCGCUCCGAUGAACGGAGGAGCAGAACAGGUCACACCGUCAAGAGAUUCGGUUUUUGAAGAUGCUGCAGAGACGUCUCCUACUGUAGCUGAGGAGGCUGAAGAAGUGGACAAACCAGAGAACAGUUCAGAUCCUGCAGAGUCGACUGUAACUGAAGGAGAACAGCAGCCAGCACAGACCAACAGUGGAACAGCACCGGUCCACCCGGUCACAGAGCAGACAGAUGUGGUUCCUCCUCGGGUUCGGAUGGAAGGUCAGCAGAUGAACGGCAUCAUCGAGGAUCGUUCUUCAGUUUCUUCCACUGACAUGCUGGAUGCUGAAGCGCUGCAGGGUCCUCACAAUGCUGCUCGGUUCUCCCACAUCCUGCAGAAAGAUGCAUUUCUAGUGUUUCGAUCUCUGUGCAAACUCUCCAUGAAGCCUCUAGCUGAUGGUCCUCCUGAUCCAAAAUCUCAUGAGUUGCGGUCCAAGAUCGUCUCCCUGCAGCUGCUGCUGUCGGUGCUGCAGGGCGCCGGGCCGGUGUUUCGCACCCACGAGAUGUUCGUCAACGCCAUCAAACAGUAUCUGUGCGUGGCGUUGUCCAAAAACGGCGUCUCAUCCGUGCCCGAGGUGUUCGAGCUCUCGCUGGCCAUCUUCCUCACGCUGCUGUCUCACUUCAAAGUCCACCUGAAGAUGCAGAUUGAGGUGUUUUUCCGGGAGAUCUUUUUGACCAUCCUGGAGACGUCGACCAGCUCCUUUGAGCACAAGUGGAUGGUUAUCCAGACGCUAACUCGCAUCUGUGCAGAUGCUCAGUGCGUGGUCGACAUCUACGUGAACUACGACUGCGACUUGAAUGCUGCCAACAUUUUUGAGCGUCUCGUCAACGACCUGUCGAAGAUCGCUCAGGGCCGCAGUGGGCAGGAACUCGGCAUGACUCCUCUGCAGGAGCUGAGCCUUCGUAAAAAGGGUCUGGAGUGUCUGGUGUCCAUCCUCAAAUGUAUGGUGGAGUGGAGCAAAGACAUGUACGUCAACCCAAACCUCCAAGCCAACCUGGGUCAGGAGCAUCCGUCCGAUAACGAGGCCAGUGAGCUGAAACUUCCUGAGCAGCUGGCAGGACGUCGGGACAGCAUCAGCUCUCUGGACUCCACCGUGUCGUCGAGCGUCGCCACGUCGCAGGCCGACCAUCCGGAGCAGUACGAGGUCAUCAAGCAGCAGAAGGACAUCAUUGAGCACGGCAUUGAACUCUUCAACAAGAAGCCUAAGCGAGGCAUCCAGUACCUGCAGGACCAGGGCAUGUUGGGCUCCACUGCCGAGGACAUCGCCCAGUUCCUCCACCAAGAGGACAGACUGGACACGACACAGGUCGGCGAGUUCCUGGGCGAGAACAUCAAGUUCAACAAGGAAGUGAUGUACUGCUACGUGGACCAGCUGGACUUCUGCGGCCGGGACUUUGUCUCUGCGCUCAGAGCGUUUCUGGAGGGCUUCAGGCUGCCGGGGGAGGCCCAGAAGAUCGACAGGCUCAUGGAGAAGUUUGCUGCUCGGUACCUGGAGUGCAACCAGGGACAGACGCUGUUUGCCAGUGCAGACACUGCCUACGUGUUGGCCUACUCCAUCAUCAUGCUGACCACAGACCUGCACAGUCCUCAGGUGAAGAACAAAAUGACCAAGGAGCAGUACAUCAAGAUGAACCGCGGCAUUAACGACAGCAAGGACCUGCCUGAGGAGUAUCUGUCGUCCAUAUACGACGAGAUCGCGGGCAAGAAGAUCGCCAUGAAGGAGAGCAAAGAGUUUUCCAUCACGCCCAAGUCCACCAAGCAGAGUGUGGCCAGUGAGAAGCAGCGUCGCCUCCUUUACAACAUGGAGAUGGAGCAGAUGGCGAAGACGGCGAAGGCUCUGAUGGAGGCCGUGAGUCACGCUCAGGCGCCGUUCUUCAGCGCUACACAUCUGGAGCACGUCAGGCCCAUGUUCAAGCUUGCGUGGACUCCACUGCUGGCAGCUUUUAGUGUAGGACUGCAGGACUGUGAUGAUCCAGAAGUGGCCUCGCUGUGUCUGGAGGGCAUUCGAUGUGCCAUCAGGAUCGCCUGCAUCUUCAACAUGCAGUUGGAAAGAGAUGCGUAUGUUCAGGCCUUGGCCCGGUUCACUCUGCUGACGGCCAGUUCCAGCAUCACGGAGAUGAAGCAGAAGAACAUCGACACCAUAAAGACUCUCAUCACGGUGGCCCACACCGAUGGAAACUACCUGGGCAACUCCUGGCAUGAGAUCUUGCGGUGCAUCAGUCAGCUGGAGCUCGCCCAGCUGAUCGGUACGGGGGUGAAGACGCGCUACAUCUCAGGGGUGGUCCGGGAUCGGGAGGCCGGCAUCAAGGGUUUACCAUCGGGGACGGAGGAGUUCAUGCCUCUGGGGCUGGGUAACCUGGUGGGAAGUCAGGACAAGAGGCAGAUGGCUCACAUCCAGGAGUCAGUGGGAGAAACCAGCUCUCAGAGUGUGGUGGUGGCUGUGGAUCGGAUCUUCACCGGUUCCACCAGACUGGAUGGAAAUGCGAUCGUGGACUUUGUGCGGUGGCUGUGCGCCGUGUCCAUGGACGAGCUGGCCUCAGCCCACCAGCCGAGGAUGUUCAGCCUGCAGAAGAUCGUGGAAAUCUCCUACUACAACAUGAACCGCAUCAGGCUGCAGUGGUCUCGGAUCUGGCAGGUCAUAGGAGACCACUUCAACAAGGUGGGCUGUAACCCCAACGAGGACGUCGCUAUCUUUGCUGUGGACUCACUGAGGCAGCUCUCCAUGAAGUUCCUGGAAAAGGGAGAGCUGGCAAACUUCCGCUUCCAGAAGGACUUCCUCAGGCCUUUUGAGCACAUCAUGAAGAAGAACAGGUCUCCCACCAUCAGAGACAUGGUGAUCAGGUGUGUUGCUCAGAUGGUGAACUCGCAGGCCGCAAACAUCCGUUCAGGCUGGAAGAACAUCUUCUCAGUGUUUCAUCAGGCUGCCUCCGACCACGACGAGACUAUCGUGGAGUUGGCCUUCCAGACCACCGGACACAUCGUCAUGAACACCUUCCAGGAGCACUUUGCGGCUGCUAUCGAUUCCUUCCAGGAUGCGGUGAAGUGUUUGUCGGAGUUCGUGUGCAACGCAGCUUUUCCUGAUACCAGCAUGGAAUCCAUCAGACUCAUCCGCCACUGUGCUAAAUACGUCUCUGACCGGCCACAGGCCCUGAGGGAGUACACCAGCGAUGACAUGAACGUUGCCCCUGGCGACCGGGUGUGGGUUCGAGGCUGGUUUCCCAUCCUGUUUGAGCUUUCCUGUAUCAUCAACCGCUGUAAGCUGGACGUCCGGACCAGAGGUCUGACCGUCAUGUUUGAGAUCAUGAAGAGUUACGGCCACACCUUUGAGAAGCACUGGUGGCACGACCUCUUCAGAAUCGUCUUCCGCAUCUUCGACAACAUGAAGCUCCCCGAGCAGCAGACGGAGAAAACCGAGUGGAUGACCACGACGUGUAACCACGCUCUGUACGCCAUCUGCGACGUCUUCACCCAGUUCUACGAGCCGCUCAGUGAAAUCCUGCUGGCUGAUAUCUUCACUCAGCUGCAGUGGUGCGUCAGACAAGACAACGAGCAGCUGGCCCGGUCGGGAACAAACUGUCUGGAGAACCUGGUGAUUCUGAACGGGGAGAAGUUCAGCCCCGACGUCUGGAACAUCACCUGUUCCUGCAUGUUGGAGAUCUUCCAGAACACCAGCCCUCACGUGUUGUUGACAUGGCGACCGGCCGGACAGGACGAGGAAGCUGUGGACGGAAAACAUUUUGAUGCAGAUUUCGACAGCCAGUCCCAGAGCAGCUACGACAGAGCUCUGUCAGAGAGAGGACACAGCCAGAUGUCCAGCGACGACACCUGGAAGGGAAAAUCUAACGCCAGAGUUUCAGACCAGAAGCUGUUUGCAGGUUUGCUCAUUAAAUGCGUGGUGCAGCUCGAACUGAUCCAGACCAUCGACAACAUCGUCUUCUACCCGGCGACCAGCAAGAAGGAGGACGCUGAGAACAUGGCGGCCGCUCAGCGAGAUGCUCUGGAGGAGUCGGAGGCUGAGGGAGGAGAGUCUGGACCAGAUCAGGGGAUGUACCAACACAUGACGUCUGCUCACCUGUUCAAGCUGCUGGACUGUCUGCUGGAGUCGCACACCUUCGCCAAGGACUUCAACUCCAACAACGAGCAGCGGACGGCGCUGUGGAGGGCAGGAUUUAAAGGGAAAUCCAAACCCAACUUGUUGAAGCAGGAGACCAGCAGUCUGGCCUGCAGCCUGAGGAUCUUGUUCAGGAUGUAUUCUGACCGUCAGCUGCAGGACUCGUGGCCGGACAUCCAGACACGCCUGCUGCUGGUUUGUAGCGAAGCUCUGGCCUACUUCAUCAGUCUGACCUCGGAGAGCCACCGAGAGGCCUGGAACAGUCUGCUGAUGCUGCUGCUGACCAGGACGCUACGACUGCCCGACGACAAGUUUCAGCCCCAUGCUUCCUGCUACUACCCCCACCUGUGUGAGAUGAUGCAGUUUGAUCUGAUCCCAGAGCUGCGAGCCGUCCUCAGGCGCUUCUUCCUGCGGAUCGGCUCCGUCUUCCACAUCGCUGCCCUCGAGGCGGCGUCGGCCCGGACUCUCACCUCUUAGGACGGCCGGACGGAGGAGAAAAGACGGUGGACGUACAUGAGAGACUCCUCUUCCUCUAAACUGGAUCAGACCACAGACGGACUACGAUGUGAAGGCUGUAGCUUUUCUGUCAGGACUUUAAGUGUUCUGCUUUUCUACGGCUGGUAGAAGAAACCUUUCCUCCCUUCUCUCUCGGGGAUGAACAGCACUGUGACCAGCGCUCUCUGCUGACUGUUGUCAUUCAUCGUCCCCCCGAUUCUCAUCUCAAUGACCAGAAAAGAACUGUAGACGAAUAAUUUAUUGUUGCAAACCCUGUGUCUGAUUUGGAAAGUUUGUUUUUCUGUUGUUGUUUAGUCAAAGAUCUCUACACAGUGAAAGCAAAUAUUGAAUCUGAUGAACUUCUUACAUGUUGUGAAAAUCUUUUUUUUUUUUUCUUGGCCACUCGUGCCUGUUGGAAAAUGACGAUCUAAUCUGAAUCACCCUUCAGCAUUAUUUGUGAUUGUUUCUUCUCGUGUUUUUGGGAUUUUGAAGUUGUUGAAGAAGGCUGAGGUCGGUCUGAAUCUUUUACGACACUAUCGAAGAUGUCUCCCCGUUUUUGUUUGUGGCAUUUCUGCAACACAACCGUCCCAUCGUGCUUCAUCAUUUCUUGCCUGUCAAUGAGAUUUUACUUAUUUAUUUUGCUCUCUUGCGUUGAUUUGUGAUUGUUUUUGCAGGAUAAUUGCUGGUUUACAGUGAACGGUUGGCGACUUCCCUCUGCCAUGCAUUCCUGAGAGUGUUGACCCAGUGAAGCCUUAGACUGGGAUCAUAAAAAACCCUCCACCGAUCCACCGAUUGGCCCUUAAGGUGGUGCAGUGGUUGUUUAAGUCCCACGGUCUUUUGCACGUGUUUCCGACAGUCUGCUCAUGUAUUAACUCUUCCUGGACGGCCGGAUCAGUGUUGACUUCCUUCCACAUUCGAGCUCCACAGAAAAGGUUCAGGAACAGAGUGAAACCAAAACUCGCAUCCGCAGAGAUCCUGAAAAUCUCUGCUUCCUGGAUCCCUCCUCGUUUGUUCCCUGCCUUUUUUAAAAAGAAGAAGGAUGUAUGUAAUUAUUUAAAGUGCAUUUAAAUAUUUUUUGAGAAGCAUUCCUUCCCUCGCAACUAUGGAUGUCUACUUUUCUUCCCUGAAGCUAGGGGAAUAUAUAAAUAUAUAUAAAUAUAUAUAUACAGUAAAUGAAAAAACAACCAAGCAGACUGUAAAGUUUUCAAUGUAAGAUACAUAGAAAUGAAAGUGCUAUAUGGUUCUAUACAUAACAUUGUGAUGUAAUCUUCCAAGCAUUUGGUGAAGUAAUCAAUAAACCUGAAUUCUGAUCCAC